CGGGAAGGAACAUGGCGGCGAUGACAGGCUGGUGACAAUCUGAUAUGUGGGGAUGGGCGUCGCGCUAAACUCGUCCUCCGAUCCAGACGAGUCGCGGGUACUGCUGGUGAUCCUGCUACUGCUGGGGAUCGUGCGGGGGUAGCGAUCCCACGACCCACGUUCGGUACCGAAAUCAACAACCGACGUUGGCCCAAGGCUCCGCGAUAACACGCGCACGGAGGGCUCCGCGAAGGCCGGAGGAGAUCCACGGGAGAUCGAACAAGAAAUACCUCUCGCAGGCGCGCCGCGUCGACUUGUCGUCGGGAGGCGUAUAGCGAGAAGACGUUCCGUUCCGGACCGGAGGCUGCGAGUCUGCGGACAGUGCGACGCAGCAUCGAGGGAGGAGCGACGCGCGUCAUAUGCGCUAAGAUGGCCCGGGAGUACGAUCAUCUGUUCAAGCUGCUCAUCAUAGGGGACAGCGGCGUAGGCAAAAGCUCGCUGCUUCUAAGAUUCGCUGACAAUACCUUCAACGGCAGUUACAUCACUACGAUAGGAGUGGACUUUAAGAUACAAACCGUGGAGGUAGACGGUGAGCGGGUAAAGCUGCAAAUUUGGGAUACCGCUGGACAAGAACGUUUCCGGACAAUAACUUCAACUUACUAUAGGGGAACGCACGGCGUUAUAGUUGUGUACGAUGUGACCAGCGGUGAUACGUUCGCGAACGUUAAACGGUGGUUGCAUGAAAUCGAACAGAAUUGUGAUGUGGUUAACAGGGUACUCGUAGGGAAUAAAAAUGACGCACCUAAUCAGAAGGUGGUGUUAACGGAAGACGCGCAAAGAUUCGCCAAUCAAAUGGGGAUUCAGUUAUUUGAAACUUCCGCUAAGGACAACAUCAAUGUCGAGGAGAUGUUUAUGGCAAUAACGCGGCAAGUGUUGCGGACCAAAAAAGAGCGUAAGGAGCGACAAGCCAUACAGACUAAUGAGACAGUCAACUUGAGGAAAAGCACAAAACAGCACAGGAAAAAAUGUUGUUAGCGAGCGUUGUACAAGCACGCUACUCCCUAUAAACGAAAUAUUCUUUGAUACGAUAAUUAGGACAGAAUAAAACAGAGAGCAUGUGUUAGUAUUACGAGCGGACAUGAGACGCUGGAAACCCUGAUAUUUUCUAACACUGAGUUUUGUAUUCCAAUUACGAUACCUAAGAUUGUAUCCUAACUAAAGUAUACUUUUUUGACGUUAGUAUUUAACAUAAUAGAAUCGAAAUGUCGAACGAGCGCGUAGGGCUUAUUUAGUGAACACGAUAUCGUGUAUGCGGCAUUCUUUUUUAACGUGUCGAAUACUUUCGCGUGCUGCGUUGAAGAACAAAGGCCUAUUCAUUUGUAAUAUUUACGGAAGGGUAACUCUCACUCACAUAUACGCGUAUAUGUUAAAAACCAUCGUGUUUUACAUACACACAUUUUAUACACAAGUGGCGUUUCAUAUUAUGUAAUCGUUAAACGAAACUAACGAACAUCUUCCGCUAAUUUUUCUAGGGUCAUUUUGAGCAUUGUAAAAUUUUGCUGCAUUGAACAAUGAGUUACCAUAUGCUAAAUAAGUCGUGUUUAGAGCGAGUAGGAUUAAAGUUUCUUGAACAAACGGGCGACAAAUAUUGUUAGCUGGUCCAAAUAAUUUUUAGGGCGUUUUAUUAGUAAAAUUAAGGUUCCUGUAGUUCGAUGACGCUUUCAAAUACGAUUUAAAAGAUUCAGUUGGAAUGGAUUAAUGAUAUAUGCAACGGCAUUAUACAUGGUAUAAAAAAAAGAUUGCUAUACGAAAAUUGCUUGGUCAUAUGAAAUUCAACAUACUUCCUGUCGUAAGACUGUCACAAAAUAUGAAGACUAAUCAACAAGAUUUAUUAACAAUAGCCGCAUUUACAAUAUGUAUUUCGUAAAAAUUUAUAAUUAGUUAUAAUUAAUUCUUAUUAAAAUUUUAAAAUUGAUGGAAUCUGCGAGCAUCUAAUUUGUACAUUAAAUAAUAUAUUUAAAAGCACAUUUUUUAAAAAAAGUUUUAAAUAAUACCCUAUAUAAAAUUAUCGAAUACGAUCUUCUUUCUUAUAAUUUUUUAAGAUUUUUAAAUUUGCUAGCCAAAAGUAUCAGUUAUAUGUUAUUGCUUCCAUUAGGAUGCGCAAGUAUUUAUAUCGCGUGCAUCAUUAUGCAUUAAUAAAAUAUUGAACAGUAUUAUCUUAUUUGUUUAAUUCUGUGUAUGAAUCUAAUGUUUCUUUAAUGGCUCGGUAACGAGGGAAAGACGAAAAGCUUGUAAACGUCCGAAUUUUAUAUACUCAAAUAUAUAAAUACGCAGGUUUUAAAUUGCCCAUGCAUUUUUGCGACAAACACAUAUACAUAUAUACACACAUACACACGAUUAAAUAUUUAUUGCAGAAGGGUAGAUAGCAAGAUGAUAAAAUAUAACGAUCGGUCAUGUCCAGCUAUGACAGAAGCUGUCUGUAUUAAUCUGUGAUAAUAGUUAAGAUAAUGUCGCCAGCUGCCACUGUAAUACUGCUGCGUGUACCUUAUACUCCCCGCUCCCGUUGUAAUUGUUGUAAUUAAUAUCGCUAUUAUUUCCUCUUUUUUUUUUCUUUUUAGUAUCAAUUACAUAUCUCCCUUAGAGGCAAUAAAGCGACAUCCUACAAUGUGUACAUAUUCUCAACUUGCCAGUUUUAGUGGCAUAUUCACCAAGUAUUUCAAUCGAGCAUAUUCAAUCUUGUUUACUGUUAUACAGUUGCAACGUUGUAAUAUUAUUAUACAUACGUAUGAUUAUAAAUAAAUAGGAGUCUACAUGUA